CGCGGCGCUUCCUCCCCUGUCCCGGCUCCCGGCCGCGCCGCAGCGACUCUCCGCUCCCCUGCCGCAGCGCGACCGGCUCCUCCGCGCCGCACGUGGGCGCGCCCGUCCAGAAGGGCCGCUGCCGGCCUCGCUUUUAGAUACCGGCUCUGCUGCGAGAAUGUAAGAUGGAUCCGGAAGAGCAGGAACUGUUAAAUGAUUACAGAUACCGAAAUUACUCUUCGGUGAUUGAGAAGGCUUUGAGAAAUUUUGAGUCCUCCAGCGAAUGGGCAGAUCUCAUCUCUUCUCUGGGCAAGCUCAACAAGGCUCUGCAGAGUAACCUGAGGUACUCCUUGCUGCCCCGGCGGCUCACAAUCAGCAAGCGGCUAGCUCAGUGCCUGCACCCCGCCCUGCCCAGCGGUGUGCACCUGAAAGCCCUGGAGACCUACGAGAUCAUCUUUAAAAUUGUGGGCACCAAAUGGCUGGCCAAGGACUUGUUUCUCUACAGCUGUGGGCUCUUCCCGCUGCUGGCGAACGCGGCGAUGUCGGUGCGGCCAGUGCUCCUGGGCCUGUACGAGAAGUACUUCCUCCCACUGCAGAAGCUGCUGCUGCCCAGCCUCCAGGCGUUCGUCAUCGGCCUGCUGCCCGGCCUGGAGGAGGGCUCCGAGAUCUAUGACAGAACCGACGCCCUGCUCCUGAGACUCUCCCUGGUGGUCGGCCGAGAGGUGUUCUAUGGCGCCCUGUGGGGGAGCCUGCUGGUGAGCCCCAGCAUCCGCCUCCCUGCCUCACUCUUCGUCGUGGGCCACAUCACCCGGGACACGCCCAGCAAGGAGCAGGCGUACAUGCUGGGGACGGACCUGCAGCUCACGGUAAAGUCUUUAUGUGCAUCACUACUGGACUCAAAUGUUCUGGUGCAAAGAAACAAUCUGGAAAUUGUCCUGUUCUUCUUCCCAUUUUGCACCUGUCUGGAUUCCAGUGAGAGAGCCAUUCCCCUGCUCAGAUCUGACAUCGUCCGUAUCCUCUCGGCCGCCACCCAGACCCUGCUGAGAAGAGACAUGUCUCUGAACAGAAGACUGUAUGCCUGGCUGCUAGGUUCGGAUAUUAAAGGAAACACCAUCAUGUCGGAAGCAGAGAUCUCAAAUUGUUAUGAAGACCAGUCCUCUUAUUUUUUUGAAAAAUACUCCAAGGACCUUUUAGUCGAGGGCUUGGUGGGAAUCCUGCGCCAGGAGUUCUCGGACGCCGGCGUGGAGGAGCGUCACCACGCGUACCUGCAGCCCUUCCGCGUGCUCGUCAGCCUGCUGGACAAGCCCGAGAUCGGGCCUCAAGUGGUUGAGAAUCUGUUUCUCGAAGUGAUCAGGGCCUUUUAUUCUUACUGCAGAGACGCUCUUGGCUCAGAUCUCAAACUUAGCUACACUCAGAGUGGAAAUUCGCUGGUAAGUGCAAUAAAAGAGAACAGAAAUGCCUCUGAGAUUGUUAAGACGGUAAAUUUGCUGAUCACUUCCCUCAGCACAGACUUUCUCUGGGAUUAUAUAACGAGGUGUUUUGAAGAUUGCUUUAGACCAGCGAAACAGAGUUACACCAUUGGAAAAGGUGUCAGCCCUCCGCCCACCACCUCGGAGCUCUGCACCCUCCUCGUGUUCCUGCUGGACGUCAUUCCCUUGGAACUUUACUCGGAAGUGCAAACCCAGUACCUCCCGCAGGUGCUCAGCUGCAUGGUCAGGAUCCUCGCUGAGGAAAUGGACUCUCUGAGUUUGCCUGAAGUCACGCACGCAUUGAAGACUUGCUUCAAGGUGCUCAGCAAAGUACAGAUGCCACCUUCCUACCUGGACACGGAGUCGGCCAGCGAGGUCUUGAGUCCAGGAAAAGGUAAAAAUGGUGAAAUAGUUUUAGAAACAAAGGCAGUGAUUCCAGGUGACGAAGACCCCGGGUUUCCCCCACUGAAAUCUGAGGACAGUGGGAUUGGAUUCAGCGCUUCGUCGCCAGAGCUCUCUGAGCAUCUGCGGGUUCCUAGAGUUUCUCCUGAAAAAGAGGAUGUUUGGAAAAAGGGCGGGAGCAUGCAGAGGACAUUCCACUGCAUUCAAGAGCUAAUGGCAAACUUUGCCAACAAGAACAUUUUAGGGGUUCAACCUGCAGUGUCUGGAGAAGAACACAAGUCAGAAGAGCCCGGAAGCCGGAGGGACAAGGGGGGGGCCCAGGGCACCGCAGGGGACGACUCCGGCAAGAAGCACCCAUGGGAGGCGAAACCCAUCACUGUGCCCCAGUUUAAGCAGAUGCUGUCCGACUUGUUCACCGUCCGGGGGUCCCCAUUUAAGACAAAACGUUCGGGGUCACCACCGUCUGUGCCCAGCAGCCCCAGCAGGAAGCUGGAGGAAGGAUGGGACGUUGGGCUAGUGGCCGUGGACCUGGGGAGCUCAAAGGAGGACUGCAGGGAGGCCCUGGCCGCCGCCUGCCACCUGUUGCUGGAGUGCGCCACCUUCCCUGUGUACCUGUCCGAGGAGCAGACCGCGCAGCUCUGCGAAGAGCUCUUCAAGCCCCCCGGAGGUUGCGAUGCCAGCUUCCCGUCCUGGCUGAAAUCCCUCAUGACCGUCUGCUGCUGUGUACCUGACUGCCACCUCCAGAACGUGGCCAUCUCCACCCUGCUGGAAGUGAUCAACCACUCCCAGUCCCUGGCACUGGUCAUCGAGGACAAGAUGAAACGCUACAAAGGCUCUGGACACAACCCGUUUUUUGGCAAGCUGCAGAUGGUCACGGUUCCUCCCAUCGCUCCAGGGAUACUGAAAGUCGUGGCAGAGAAGACAGAUUUCUAUCAGAGGGUGGCUCGCAUGCUCUGGAAUCAGCUGAACAAGGAGACCCGCGAACAUCACAUCACCUGUGUGGAAUUGUUCUACCGGCUGCACUGCCUGGCUCCGACGGCCAACAUCUGUGAGGACAUCAUCUGCCAUGCCCUCCUGAGCCCCGACAAGGGAACGAGGCUGGAAGCUCUCUUCAGAUUUUCCGUGAUCUGGCACCUGACGCGAGAAAUCCAGGGCAGUCGAGUGACGUCACACAGCCGCUCCUUUGACAGGUCCCUGUUCGUGGUGCUGGACAGCCUGGCCUGCUCAGACGGCGCCAUCAGCGCCGCGGCCCAGGGCUGGCUGGUGCGGGCACUCUCUCUCGGCGACGUGGCCCGCAUCCUCGAACCCGUGCUCCUGCUGCUGCUGCAGCCCAAGACCCAGAGGACCUCCAUCCACUGCCUCAAGCAGGAUAGCACAGCGGAAGACUUGCACCGUUGGCUUAGCAGGAGGAAAACCCCUUUCAGAGAAGCGUGGAGUGCACCAGAGCCGCACGAAGGCAGCCCCGAGGACAGCCUGCCCCUGAGCCAGCUCACCACUGUGGACCGCGAGGCCCUGUGGGCCGAGGUGGAGCAGGAGACAGACCAGUGCCUGCCCAGGGGCGAGCUGGGCGAAGAAGACCCCCCCUGUCCCCUGGAGCUCCCCGAGGGGGCGGUCUGCAGUGGCCUGGAUGGCAGUGAGCUCACCGAGUCAGCGGACACGAGCCCCGGGCACACGGACAGCGAGAACACGUCGUCCUUUUCCUCCCCUUCCCGCGACCCUCAGGAGCUGAGCAGCGGCGAGAACUGCUGUGCUCCCAUCCCCAUCGGGGCUCACCCCAAGCCCUUGGCCCUGUCGGCUGCCUUCCACUCGGAGGGCUUCACGCCCCACGCCAGCCUGGGCCUGCUGCGCAUGGCCUCGGACAGGACACAGGCCUCGGAGUCGCUGUCCAGCGACGAGGAGGCUGACCUGGAGCUCCAGGCCCUCGCCACGUCCAGGCUGCUGAAGCAGCAGAGGGAGAGGCAGGCGACGAUCGAGGCCCUGUUCAAGCACAUCCUGCUGUACCUGCAGCCCUACGACUCCCGGCGCGUUCUCUACGCCUUCUCCGUCCUAGAGGCCGUGCUCAAGACCAACCCCAAGGAGUUCAUCGAGGCGGCAUCCACCACCAGCACGGACACCAGCUCCACCGCGCACCUGAACCUCAUCUCCAACCUGCUCGCCCGCCACCAGGAGGCCCUCGUUGGCCAGAGCUUCUACGGGAAGCUCCAGACACAGCCCCCCAACGUGUGCCCACACUCUCUGCUGGUUGAGCUCCUCGCCUACCUGUGCCUGAGCUUCCUGCGUUCCUACUACCCUUGCUAUUUAAAGGUCUCCCACAGAGACCUACUUGGCAACCGGGACGUGCAGGUCAAGAGUGUCGAGGUUUUAAUACGGAUGAUGACCCAGCUGGUCUCCGUGGCCAAGUCUUCCGAAAGGAAGAAUGUGGAGUUCAUCCGCAGCCUCCUGGAGAGGUGCAGAGUGCAGGAGUUUGUCCUGCUUUCCCUGUCUGCCUCCAUGUACACGAGCCAGAAGCGCUAUGGUCUGGCCACCUCGGCCCAGCGAGAGGACGGCGUCUUUGAGGAGAGUCUCAUCAACUUGGGGCAGGACCAAAUCUGGAGCGAACACCCGCUGCAGAUCGAGCUGCUGAAGUUGCUGCAGGUGCUGAUCGUCCUGGAGCACCACCUGGGUCAGGCCCAGGAGGAGGCUGAAAACCAGCCGGAGUUGUCCAGGGAGUGGCAGCGGGCCCUGAGCUUCCAGCAGGCCAUCAGCGCCGCGCAGUACGUGCAGCCCCAGCCCCUCACCUCCCAGGGGCUGCUGGUGUCCGCCGUGGUGAGGGCGCUGCAGCCUGCCUAUGGCUACGGCAUGCACCCCGCCUGGGUCAGCCUGGUCACGCAGUCGUUGCCCUUCUUCGGCAAGUCCCUGGGCUGGACCGUGGCACCGUUCGUGGUACAGAUCUGCAAAAACUUGGACGAGCUCGUCAAGCAGUACGAAAGCGAAUCCAGUGAGGCUCCCCACCAGGUACGUGGACUCCUUCACAUAACCUCCAAGAGGGAAAACAUUGCUCCAGAUUAUCCGCUCACUCUUUUGGAAGGUCUGACAACUAUUAGUCAUUUUUGUCUUUUGGAACAAUCCAACCAAAACAAAAAGCCCAGCACGGGAAGCGAGGCCGCCAGCCUGAGGAACGCCAGGAACGCCCUUCUGGAAGAGCUGCCCCGCGUCGUGGGCACCGUGGCCCUGCUCUGGGGAGUGCUCCGAAAGGAGGAGACACAGAGACGGCCCCUCGACCUGCUCGGGGCCACCAAGGGCUCCUCCUCGGUCUACUUUAAAACCAGCAAGACCAUAAGACAAAAAAUUUUAGACUUCUUGAACCCCCUGACCACCCACCUUGGGGUUCAGUUCACAGCAGCCGUAGCAGCAGUUUGGAGCCGAAAGAAAGUUAAACGUCACAGUAAAAUGAAGAUUGUUCCUGUGCCAAGUGCAUCCCAGCUAACACUUGUCGACUUAAUUUGUGCACUGAGCACCCUGAAGACCGACACGGUGCUGCACCUGGUGAAGGAGGUGGUGAAGAAACCGCCACAAAUUAAAGGGGACGAGAAAUCGCCCCUAGUGGAUAUUCCUGUGCUGCAGUUCAGCUAUGCUUUUCUCCAAAGGCUCCCGGUACCAGCCUUGCAAGAGAACUUUCCUUCCUUGUUGGGACUGUUGAAGGAAUCCGUACAGAUGAACCUAGCUCCACCUGGAUAUUUUCUGCUUCUCAGUAUGCUCAAUGACUUCGUAACCAGAACUCCCAACCUGGAAAGCAAGAAGGACCAAAAAGACCUGCAGGAAGUUACUCAGAAAAUCCUCGAAGCAGUGGGGAACAUCGCGGGCUCUUCCCUGGAACAGACCAGCUGGCUGAGCAGAAACCUGGAAGUGAAGGCCCAGCCUCAGAUCUCCCCGGAAGAAUCCGACGCUGAGGGAGAUUUGGGCGAUGCUGCUGCAGCUUCUUCGAUGGUGUCUGCGUCCGUCCCCUCGGUGUACAGCGUGCAGGCCCUCUCUCUCCUGGCAGAGGUUCUGGCAUCUCUCCUGGACAUGGUUUAUCGAAGUGAUGAGAAGGAGAAAGCUGUGCCAUUGAUCUCCCGUUUGCUCUACUAUGUUUUUCCUUACCUACGCAAUCACAGUGCCUACAACGCUCCCAGCUUCCGAGCCGGUGCCCAGCUGCUGAGCUCUCUGAGUGGUUACGCUUAUACAAAACGAGCCUGGAAAAAAGAAGUCCUGGAUUUAUUUUUGGACCCAGCUUUCUUUCAGAUGGAUACUUCUUGUGUUCAUUGGAAGUCCAUUAUUGACCAUCUUCUGACUCAUGAGAAAACAAUGUUUAAAGAUUUAAUGAGCAUGCAGAGCAGUUCCUUAAAGCUGUUCUCAAGUUCCGAGCAGAAAGCCAUGCUGUUGAAGCGUCAGGCUUUCGCCGUCUUCAGUGGGGAACUGGAUCAGUACCACCUUUACCUUCCACUGAUGCAAGAACGCCUGACAGACAAUCUCAGAGUUGGACAGACACCCAUAGCUGCUGCUCAGAUGUUUCUUUUUUUCAGAGUUUUGCUGCUAAGAAUAUCUUCUCAACAUUUGACUUCACUGUGGCCAAUAAUGGUCUCUGAAUUGAUUCAGACAUUUAUACAGCUCGAAGAAGAUCUGACAGAGGAAGAUGAAGGCUCGAGAAACGGCAACAAAACAAGCAGAAUUAAAGUUUUAGUCCCUGAUGCAAACGGGCCAUCGAUGAGGGAGAUACCCCAGAGCGAACUCAUCUUAUAUUUAUCCGCUUGCAAAUUCCUGGACACAGCACUUUCUUUUCCCCCUGACAAGAUGCCGUUAUUUCAAACGUAUAGGUGGGCCUUUGUUCCAGAAGUGGACACAGAGGGUUCUGCCUUCCCAUCAGAUCUAGAGGAGAAUCACCAAGAAUGCAAACCACACACUGUUAGGAUUCUAGAACUCCUACAAUUGAAAUAUGGGGAAAUCAGCAGCUCUGAUGAGAUCAGCAUGAAGAGCGAAUUUCCCCUUCUGCGCCAACAUUCUGUCUCCAGCAUUAGGGAGCUGAUGCCGUUCUUCAAGACUCUAAACUGCGCUUUUAAAACCCAAAGUACCCUCCCUGCUGACACUCCAGGACCUCCAUUCCUAGAGUCUCUUGUCGCAGACAGCCCAAGGAUGCUGAAACAGCUGGAAGAAAGUGUUGAAUAUGAUUUUUUGGAACAUCUGGAAUGUUAACAGAAUUGGUUUAAUCCAUUUACUGACACUUUAGUGAAAACCAGGAUAUAUUUGGAAGAGGAAGGGAUCCAAGAUAGUGCUGUGAAACGUCUAUUUCAAUUUUGAAAGUAAAUUUCAGAUUAUUUUCUGUUUGGCCACAAAACACAUCUUCCCAAAUGCCUUGUAAUAUAUUUGGAUCUGAUUACAUGUUUCUUCCUCAAUUUAUGUAAUUAAAAUAAAAUUAAUAUAUCAUAUAACUGUA